AUGGCUUCAACCGUAGCUCCCUCUGGAGAAAAUGGAGGGAAGCGACCUGGACCGUCAGAUGCCCCAAUACGAGACAAGAGACCGAAGACGAUAGCUUGUGACCGGUGCAGGCGCAGAAAGGUUAGAUGUGACGGAGACGGUCACAACAAGCUCCCGUGUAAAUACUGCACCUCGGUCAAUUUAGAGUGCACCUAUAAUAGUCGUCAGCCUGGUCCUGGUCGAACCCCUGGUGAAAAUGAUCAUACUUUGACUCCCUCGGCCGACGGAUCAGAUCAAUCAACCAACAAUCGCAAUCCCGCCCGAACUUCAACCACCUCGAGCACUCAACUAUCCACCAACAAUACCAACACCUCUCGACAACGAAGAACAAAUUCUCGUCCGCAUAAUCCCAGAGUCAAUAGAAUAUCUUCGUUUUCUACUUCCGCCCCCGCAAGAAUAAUUCCGAAACCCUUACCUGCGUUGGAUAAUGAACUUGAAUAUUUAAUCAAGCUGUUUACAUCGAUGACUCUGCAAAACGAAGCCGAAGUUCGCCAAAAACUUCAAAGCUGCCUGCCUCCUCGACAAGAAAAGUCAAUAGCUGUCGCCCAACGAUCACUAUUCGCGCAGAAUGUUACACAAGUGAAUGACAGCCGACUGACCGAAAUUCUUGUUGACCUUUAUUUUAGAAAUUUUCAUCCGCUUUUACCGGUCGUGCACAAAGAAUACUUCAUGGAAAACUUUAGGAAUCCUGCCAAAACCCUGCCACGUCUUUUAUUAUAUGCCAUAUGCGCAAUCGGUUCUAAUUAUUUGAGUGACGACGACGCACGAAAAGAUCGCGGCCUAUCUUUCUAUGAGCACGCACAAGGUAUGGUCGAUCAAUCGCUCGACAUGGCCAGGUUGAGCACGGCCACUGCUCUAUUCCUGUUGGGUGUAUUCGGUUCGUUGCAUCUUCUUAAAGGCAGAAUUUUUAUUGGUAUGGCCACCACCUUUGCCAUUACGAUGGGAUUGCAUGACAAAAAUGCGUCCGAGGGAUUUCCCACUAAUAAAAAAGAAGCAAGAAAAAGGGUACUUUUGGGACCAUUCCUGCUUGGGGAAAAGCAUUGCACAAUUGAGUAUCCUGAUCCGACUUCGUGUGACGAGUCUGAGUCCAAAAUCGUCAGGUACUUUGUGCAAUACUCGAGAAUUACAAAGAUCAUGUAUGAUAUAUUAGAAAUCUCCAUGACAGAAGAUCAGAGUUCCAUUUCACAUUUAGAGGGGCGGCUCGACGAGUGGAAAAAUGAUCUACCCCCCUUCUUAAAAUUCGAGGAAGUCAAACCACUGACGACCACAUCAGAGGAAACGACCGUCGAACACCUGAGAGUUUAUCUAUGCAUUCUCUACAACUAUGCAUUAAUCAGAAUUCAUCAUCAAAAGAUUUAUUCGGACAAUGGUUUGGAGGCUUGUACGCAAGCUGCCAACAAGAUUACGACCCUCGUGAGCGAAAAUUUUAUUGGAGUCAUUAAUAGCAAUCAAUUCAUAGUUUAUUGUGCCUUGUGCGCAGGAUGUAUCCAUAUAUUUGACCUCAAAAAUUCUCAACGCUCAGUCAACGCCAAGAACAACAUUUGUAAAAUAGUUGGAAUGUUUAAAAGUGUACUUUCCUUACCAUCUUUGUAUAAUAUACAUCAUGGAAUAAAAAAUGCAAUUGCACUUUUUGCUUUACAACUGGAAACAAUAUCGGAUUCCGAUGAACAGUCUAUGCAUGUUGCUAAAGAUGCAUUGAAUCUAAUCGCUGGCAGCGCGAGAACGUCGUCGGGUGUGAGAGAGGUCCGACACAACGGCAGUGAGGAUGACCAUGGCGGCGUUGGGGAUGGUGGAAACAAGAGUUUUCCUGGUCCGCAUUCGACACGACCUGGCAUCAGUACGUUUGAACAGACGGCUUCACAGAGAUCAACGAGCCUACCAUGGAUACAGCAUCAUUCAACUCCGAAUCAAUCGGUUUUCUCCUCAUCGCAUUCAUCCCUGUCGCCGCUGGACCUUCCGCCGGUAGUGAACUCCAAUAAAACUGAUUCCACCAUUAGUCCUCACGGAAAUUCUUCGCUGUCGUCGGAUAACUACGCUUCAUCGCAGUAUGGUCAACUUCCACAGAACAAAUCGCGUCCGUCUUCGCAUUCGCGACAGAAUAAUGGCGGCGAUGGAUCAAGCGUGAACAGUUCUUACUAUUACUGGCCGCAAUCGGAUGCACAAUUGCAACCCUCCCAACCGCAAAAUCAUCACAUUCCCUCCCACAGUGCAUUGAUGUCACCCACGUCCGCGGAGACGUCGACACUAUUGGUGUUGGGAAAUUCCCAAGGUUCACCGACCGCAUCAAUGAAUGUCAACAGAACGCAAAACACGACGUCGUCAAUGACCAUGACGCCCAAGUCGUCGUCGUUGCCACCCCUUGUGAAUGCCACGAGUUCAACACCGACCUCGAUAUUCUUUCCCAACACCCUGCCAUACCCUCAACACUCAUCCCAGCCGACACAAUACUACUUGGCCUCCAACGCCACGAGUCCUCCGAGCAACAACAUUAGGAAUUACGUCACGGGGCCGGAAAUGCAAGACGGGCUGUCCUCGAUGACAGGGAUGACAUCAGUCAGCGGAGUGAACAAUAAUGGUGGCAACUUUAGCGCUCCGACACUAAUUUCAACAUCAGAAAAUCCCGUCACGAUGCUAAUUGAUAAUCAAAGGAAUAAUCAUCACAUUUCUUCGUCGAACGAAUUUGGUGGAAUUGGUCGGAAAUCUCCGACCCAAUUCCAUUGGUAUUAG